CGCCCGAACACAGCAUCGAUCAGCAGCGAUGGCAGAACGCUUCGAAAUGCUUGAGAACAACCCGCAGGUGAUGAAUCACCUUGCCUACGCACUCGGUCUGGACAAGUCACUCUCUUUCUACGACAUCUACUCGCUCGACGAUCCAGACCUCCUCGCCUUCAUCCCGCGCCCUGCCCUCGCACUACUCGUGAUCAUACCCCUCACGCCGAGCUGGCACGCAGCUCGCACAGCUGAGGACAAAGACACGCCGGACUACGCAGGAAAGGGCGAGGAAGAGCCCGUCAUCUGGUUCAAGCAGCUGGAGACCAUCGGGCACGCGUGCGGAUCUAUCGGUCUUACGCAUGCUGUGCUGAACAGCGACGCGACCAAGCGCGUUCGGCCUGGCUCGACCUUGGAUCAGAUCCGCAAAGAUGCGCUGCCGAAGACGAUGAUAGAUCGGGCUAAGGUGCUGGAGAACUCGGACGCGUUCGCGAAGGCUCACGGAGAUGCCGUCAAGCUGGGUGAUACGGCGGCACCAGCAUUUGAGGUGGAGAAUGGGCAGCACUUUGUAACCUUCGUCAAGGGCAAAGACGGCCAUCUUUGGGAGCUGGAGGGUUCGCGGAAAGGCCCGCUGGAUCGAGGCGCGUUGAAGGAGGACGAGGACGUACUGAGCCCAGCAGCAUUAGAGAAGGGUCUUGGGAGGUUGAUCAAGAUCGAGGCAGAAAGUGGCGGAGACCUGAGGUUCUCUGCCAUCGCCCUUGCCGAAAGUCUGGAUUGAGCACUUUCCGGUGAGCUCAAGUUCCGCAUAGGCUUCGUCUGAUAGUCAAGAAAAAGAUGUGAUCAUUGCUACAUGCGUGACUUGCCUACAACCAACGUUUCCGGCAGGAUCAUGAUGGAAGAUAGUAGUUGCGGAUGCCAGCGAUGAGGGUCGGACUCGGAGCGACAUCGCUCC